GGGAAACUGACGAAGAAAAAUUGGAGAAAACACACGGUAUUCGAAUGAACAAUAAUUUCGUCCAAGAAGCGGCCAUGUUGGAUGAUCGCGUCGCGUCGCGUGAAGGGACUGGGAUGAGUCAAGAUGGCGGCGAUGUUCUGAGGUUUGAAAAAUUUAAACAUGGAAGUUGAACAUUUGGAACAAAAAUUAAAAUAUUCUGUCCAUUCUUGCUCAAGUUUCUCUGCAAAUUUCCAUCCAGAUAAUAUUUUGGAGGACAAACCAAAUGACCAGAAUUCAAGAUGGACAUCAGAAACACACCAUCCCACUCAGUACAUUACACUAAAGUUGGAAAAACCAGCAGCUGUAACAAAGAUAACAUUUGGAAAAUAUUAUCAAAACCAUGUUUGUAACUUGAAGAAAUUUAAAGUCUUCGGUAGCUUACAUGAUGAUCAUGAAAAUAUGAUUGAAUUACUUGCCAGUGGUUUAAAAAAUGACAGUGUGAAAGAAACAUUUCCAUUGAGGCAUAAAUUGGGUGAAAAUAUCUUCCCUGUCAAGUACAUCAAGAUAGUUCCAACAAUGACGUGGGGACAAAGUUUUAACUGCAGUAUUUGGUUUGUUCAGUUAACUGGUGUUAAUGAUCCUGUUAUUGUUAAAUCUUGUUCAAACUGGAUUAAUAAUUAUCGUGAACGUGAAGCGAUACGUUUGUGCUUGAAACAUCUUCGUCAACGUAAUUGCACGGAGGCUUUUGAUUCUCUGAAGAAGAAAACUAAAGUUGAUUUGGAGCAUCCAAUAUUAACAGAUUUACAUGAACAGUUGGUUGUCAACUCCAAUUUUGAUAUGUCAGAAAAGAUCAUUGAGAAAGCAGCUCACGAUGGUUUGUUUAGUGAUUACAUAAAUACACAAGAUUACAAAGCAAAAUGGAGCCCAAUAACAACGGCUGUUAUGGAUACGAAUUCAGAAGCUUGUCAGCCAGGCAUGAGAGGAGGUCAUCAAAUGUGUAUUGACACUGACCGCCAAAUUAUUUACCUCUUGGGAGGUUGGGACGGAAACGAUGAUCUCGCAGACUUUUGGAUGUUUGAUAUUAAGGGGAAGUCGUGGAGAAUGAUAUCACGUGAUACGGAACAAGACGGGGGGCCCUGUGCCAGAUCGUGUCAUAAGAUAUGCCUGGAUCAUAAAAGAAAACUGAUUUUCAUGUUAGGGCGAUAUCUUGAUUCUGAAGUUCGAAAUACCAUAUCUUUGAAGAGUGAUUUUUUCCUUUACAACAUCGAGGGUGGACACUGGACUUUGAUAUCGGAAGAUACAACAGCGGAAGGUGGUCCACCGUUAAUAUUUGAUCAUCAGAUGUGCGUCAAUGUUGAAAACGGAAUGAUUUUCGUAUUUGGGGGACGAGUUUUAUUGAGUACAUCAUCGGAUAUUGCUGGUUUAGCAAGCUCUGCAAUCUUUAGUGGUUUAUUUUGUUAUCACAGUGGAACCAACACAUGGACCAAAUUACGCGAUGACUGUCCAGAACUAAUAUCAAGAAUUGGGCAUUCGAUGCUUUUUUACGAGAAAAAUCAAGCACUGUACAUAUUUGCUGGUCAAAGAGGAAGGGAAUUUUUAAAUAAUUUUACGAUGUAUAAUACAGAAACAGAUACAGUCACCGUCUUGUCAAAUAAUAAAGAUGAAGUUCCAGCCGCUGGUUUUACUCAACGAGCCACAAUUGACCCAGAGACGGGAGAAAUACAUGCAUUAUCUGGACUAAGUAAAGAUAAGAUCAAGCGCGAGGAAUCAACACGGAAUUCUUUCUGGGUUUACGAUAUCGAGAACAAUAAAUGGUCGUGUAUUUAUCGAAAUGAAAAUACUGGCAAUCAAUAUUGGAGCAAAAUGCAGAGUAUUGAACCUUGUCCAAGAUUUGCUCAUCAGCUGGUUUACGAUCAUAUCAAUAAGGUUCAUUACUUAUUUGGUGGAAAUCCGGGAAAAUCUGGUUUUCCAAAGAUGAGACUGGAUGAUUUUUGGUUAUUGAGGCUCACAAAACCUUCACUUCCACAUUUCCUGAGACGUUGUAGGUUCCUGAUCAGGAGACAGAAGUUUGUUGAAUUAGCGAAGUGUAACAGUCUGGAAGCGUUAGCUUAUUUGCAGCAUGAUCUUUCAGCCUUGGUAAACACCGAUGAUAUUGAUGAACGUCACGAGUUUGAGCGUUUGACGUCCAGUUUGUUCACUUUAAAAGAGGAGAUGAACGAAGCAUGCUCAAGCAACGAAGGAGCUGAAUUAUUUUCAGAUGACCAGGCAUUUAUUGGUCGUUCCCAGUUAUUUGAUCAACUUGUCACCUACUUUCCUGACAAUAUGACUCAACCUAAAGGAAAUCUCACAGACAUCAUUAAGAUCUGAUCGCAAAGUUUAU